UUGCGUUUUUGCGUUUUAUUUUUCAAGAACGCGGAUAACGACCAGUCUCGUUUCGCAGGCCGGUCUGCUAUUUCAAGCGAUGAGUACUUUGGACGACCGCCUCCAAAAUACCAGACUGACUAUAAUGACGAACUGAAUUCCUUGAAAGACGUUGUGAAGGAGGGAGUCACUAAGGUGGCCACACGUCUUUCCUCUCUGGCGUCCGACGUUAUGACCACAUUCCAGGUGAGCGAUUUUUCUCUCUUUCUCCCCUUGGAAUGCUCAAAACCCCGAAAGGCUGCCUACAGUGUUUACCUGCGUUUGAAUUAG